AUGGCAGAGGAGGACGUUGUGCCAGCCCGCUCCGGGCCCUUGGAGCGCUUCAUUUCCCGGGAGCCACGCCCGGACUAUGUGCGAAGGGCGGCGCUGGCAUAUGCUUGCACGCAGGUUGGUGCAGGGCUCUUGGCCCUGGGCCCCGCUGUCGGGCAUGCUGGCUGGGUGGGCAUUCCCGUCAUCGUGCUUUGCGCGUGCUGUGCCGCGUACACCUCCUAUCUCUUCGGCUGGAUCAUGUUCCAAGUCCAGGAGCUCUUCAAAAACUCCAGGUCACCCAGCUACGAGGACAUCGGCUAUCAAGCGAUGGGCACCUUCGGCCGCCUGCUGUCUCAGCUCUUGCAGUGGCUAAUGUUGCUCGGGGUUUGCACGAUUUUCCUCGUCCUCAUCGGAAUCAACGCCUGGCAGCUGCAGCAGAUCUUCGGCGUCCAGUGGUUGUCAAAGCGUAACGUGAUCCUUGUGGCGGCUGCUCUGGAGCUCAUCCCGUGCUUCUUCAUGGCCACCGUCAAGGAGACCUUCUUCCUAACAGCGCUGGGCGCCCUUUGCUCGGCGAUCUGCGCUGUUGUGGUGGUGGUUGCGGCCUUCACUACUGACAGCUCCAAAAUGGCAGGGUGUUUGGACGGGCAAGCGAACAGCUGGCCAUGGUUUGCAGACUUCCAAGGGCUCUGCCUUUGCUGGAACACCGUGGUAUUUGCCUUCGGAGGCAUCAACGUUCUUCCAAGUCUUCUGGCGGACUUCCACACUCGCGGGGUGCUGGCACGAGCGCUGGUGAGUUUCACUUGGCGUUCCUACUUUUUCAUCAUUUUGGUCUAUGUAGCCGUAGCAGCAGCUGGCUUUGCAGUGGGCGGCACUGCCAUGGCAAGCAAAAAGGUGGACUCGAAUGUGCUCAUUGGUCUCUCCGGCUGCCCGGAUGGCGAGGGGAAGUCCAUAAGCUGGAGCUUGGUGGUGGCGUACAGCGUGAUCACUCUCCAUGUCUUGCUGGCUUACCCUGUGCCCUUCCAUUCCAUCGCAGAGACGAUGGAGGCAACUCUGGGCACGCGCGACGGGGCGCUGAAGCCCGGGCUUCGGGGCUUGGCCAUGCGCACACCUCGCCUGUUGUUUCUGGGGCUGUGCACCCUUUUGGCUUACACAUUGCCAUUCUUCGGUGCCUUGUUGGAUGUGGUCGCAGCCGUCGCUGGUCAGGGCACGGUGUUCAUCCUCCCCGUGCUGUUCUCCGUGGCGAUCCAGUGGCAGCAAGGGCUGCCAGUUCGCUGCUACGAGUGGAUCCUCAGUGCAAUUUGCCUACUGGUCGGGGUGCUCGGAGCGAUCACCGGCCUCUAUUACGGCAUUCAAGAACUGGCAUCCGCUUUGAAGUGA